AUGGCCGCCUCUGUCGCACCGUUGCAGAUUUCCUCCCUGAGAAUUGCCGACACUGCAGGCUCCGCUGUCGCUUUUGAGGCUUUCGAUCUGCCCUCCUCUAACCAACGCCUGCUAGGACCUCCCCAUCCACCCAAAACACAGAUCCCGCUUGCCCUACGUCCGACUGAAAAUGUCACAUCGCUCGACACCGUAGUGUCCACUAUCGAAGCCCUACAACGCGACAACACGUUGACCAAGCUUCUGGCCAGGCACGGCACCCUGCUCUUCCGGAAUCUUCCCAUCCGCGACGCCACCGACUUCAGUAAAUUUGCCCAUGCCUUCGCCUACAAGCCGCACGAGAUUAUCGGCAUUGUCGUCGAUCGCCCGCUACUCGCGCCCAAUGUCGCGCCGGCGAAUGAGGCGCCCAAGGAGGUGCGAAUCUAUAACCACAACGAGUCACCCCAGGUGCCACAUGCGCCCGAAUACAUCUUCUUUUACGCUCAGAAGGCCCCCAGAAAGGGCGGAGAGACGCCGAUUUCAUCCAGCUUGGAGCUGUUCCAUCGCGCCCAGGCGGAGGUCCCCGAGUUCAUCGACCUCUUGGCCGAAAAGGGUAUACUCAGCAAGGUAACAUACCACGUGGAAAGGCAGUAUGUGGGUGGAUCCACCUUGAAAGCAGCAUUCGGCAAAGAGAUCCGGGAUGGAGAUGACGAGGAAACGAGGCGAAAGAAGAUCGAGGCACAGAUCACGCGAUACGGACGCGGGGAGCACACAACGUGGGAGUGGACUGAAGAUGAACGUGGAAAGGGCUUGGUCCUCACGCAUCGCUUACCGGUUAUUCGAACGCAAUCGGGAACAAAUCUUCCGACGCUGUUCACCGGCCUGGCAGCGUACUACAAGAACACCCUCGAGGUACAGAAUGAAACAGGGGCGGGAAGGAAGAAUGCGGCACAUCAGUAUUUCGGCGAUGGGACACAGAUACCACAAAAGUAUCUGGCCCACUUGGCGAAGAUCACGGACGAGAUUCGCGUGCUCCACAAAUGGCAAGAGGGUGAUGUUCUCGUAUAUGAUAAUGUCGUUGCCCAACACGGAAGAGAACCGUGGGAAGGAGAGCAGUCUGACCGGGUUAUUUUGGCCAGCCUGUUUGACGGCGAGAGUGUACCCGGCAAGUUUAUCUUCAUCCUCGACAUAUGGAGUUUCGUAUACAGUCCGUUUUUCUUCUCGGAUGACGUCUUCUGCCAGUAG